AUGCCAGCUCAAGGCAAAGCAAAGGGCAGUCGCCGCAGUGAUGGCGCUUCCUCUUCUGCUGCAGCGAAUCCCCGCUUCCGCCUCCCCUCGGCACGACACAGCAAAGUAGGCGUCGACAAGCGCUUCACCCGCAUGUUCAAGGACGACGACUUUUCCAAANAAGCCACUGUCGACAAGUACGGUCGCAAGGUUGCCAAGGGUAAUGCAAAGAAAGAGUUGGAACGCUUCUACAAGAUUGAAGAUGGAGAUGAGGAAGAUGAGGAUGAAGAGUCAGAGGAAGAGAUGGGCAAGGCACAGAAGGUCAAGGCCAAGAAGAGCAAGAAGCCAAGCAGAGAUGUUGUGGGAAGUGAUGAGGAGAGUGAAGAGGAGGUUGUUGCUGAUGAUGAUGAGAUUGAAGCUGAGCUCAAGAGGUUGGAUGGCAGAGUCAGGGAUCCGGCGAGAGAGGGUGGUUUCUCGUCAUCUGAGGAUGAUAGCAGCUCUGAGGAGGACAGCGAAGAGGAGGAAGAGAUUGAGGAGGAUGCAGUCGAGUUCCCUAACGAGGGAGCUGCUGAUGUGCCUCUUGGUGACGUCUCGUCUCGUCUGGCUGUCGUCAAUCUCGACUGGGACAACAUUCGCGCAGAGGAUCUUAUGGCUGUUGCGCAAAGUUUCGCCUCUACUGGUCGCGUCUCCAGGGUUGUCGUGUACCCCAGCGAGUUUGGCAAGCAGCGUAUGGAGAAGGAAGAGCUCGAAGGCCCACCUAGAGACAUUUUCGCCAGCGCCACAAAGGAAGUCGACGAAGACGAAGAUACCGACGACGAGGAAGAGAGAAUCAAGAAGGAGCUGCUGAAAGGAGACACAGGCGAAGAGUUUGACUCUGCAAAGCUGCGUCAAUACCAACUGGACCGCCUAAAGUACUACUACGCCGUCAUCACCUGCGACUCCAAGGAAACCGCCAAAUCCCUCUACGACGGCAUGGACGGCCGCGAAUACCUCUCCACAGCAAACUUCUUUGAUCUACGAUUCAUCCCCGACAAUGUCGAUUUUGACACCGAUACCCCUCGCGACGAGUGCACAAAGAUACCCUCGGGCUACAAGCCCAACGAAUUUGUCACCGAUGCCCUCACCCACAGCAAAGUCCGCCUGACCUGGGACGCCGACGACACAACAAGAAAAGAAGUCCAAAAACGUGCCUUUUCACGCGCCGAAAUUGACGAAAACGACCUACAAGCCUACAUCGGCAGCGACAGCAGCGACGACGAAGAAAACGACACCGGUCUAACAAAAGCAGAACAGCAAAGACAAAAGAUGCGCGCUGCAUUGGGUCUAUCCUCUGAGGCCGCAAAGACGAAAUCCAAAGACGAUGGUCCAGUGGGAGACAUGCAAAUCACCUUUACAUCCGGCCUCUCCAACGCCGCCGCAUCAAAGACCAACGGAGUCUUUGAGAACGAACCCAUCAUCGAAGAAACCACACGCNGAGAAAUACAUCCGCAAGGAAAAAGAACGCAAAGCCCGCCGCAAGGAAAAGAUGAAGGCAGCCCCACCGGCACCCCAGCAGACGAAGAAGACCCCUUCAACGACCCCUUCUUCAACGACACCGCCACAGCCCAAAAAGCAGAAAAACUCGCCCGCAAAGCCGACCGCCAGAAAAAGCGCGAGGCCCGCGAAGCAGCAGACGCCGCUACCGCCGCCAAACGCGCAGAACUCGAACUCUUGAUGGUAGACGAAAACACCACCUCGGAAAAUAUCCGCCACUUCAACAUGAACGAAAUCGCCAAAGCCGAAAAGACACUCAAGAAGAAAAGCAAGAACAACAAAAAGGCAAAGGAUGCGGCGGAAGUGUUGCAACAAGAUGAUUUCAGUAUGGAAACGCAAGAUCCUAGAUUUGCCAAGUUGUUUGAGAGUCAUGAGUUUGCUAUUGAUCCGACGAAUCCGAGGUUCAAGGGCACGCAGGGUAUGAAGGCUUUGCUGGAAGAGGGUAGGAGGAAGAGAAAGGGCAGGAGCGAUGAGGAUGGCGAGAGAGCUGAUGCACCACCGGUGGAAAAGAGGGAGAAGAAGGCAAAGACGUCGGCUUCCUCUGGUGGUGAAGAUUUGAACUCGUUGCUUGCGAGAGUCAAGGCAAAGACAAAGACUAGAUAG